CAGCUGUUUUCCAAGCGUGUUGAUUUUAAUUGGCAACAAAUGGCAAAUUGUUUAAAAAAAAGGUGAAAAAUGUCCUGAAUUGACAGUCAACAAGAGGUUUAAACUGUGCGAACAGUAGUUCAUAACAAGAUUUUGCUGCCGGUAGUGCAAUCUUAAUACAAUUCGGUGAAAGUAAGGAGAAGGUAACAAUCAUGUCUACCGGUUUAAAAUGUCGCAAUUGCGGAUCCAACGAGAUCGAGGAAGAUAAUGCUCGCGGAGAUCGGGUUUGCAUGAACUGUGGUUCUGUUCUGGAAGAUUCCCUUAUUGUCUCCGAAGUACAGUUCGAGGAAGUUGGUCAUGGAUCUGCCGCAAUUGGACAGUUUGUGUCCGCCGACUCAUCCGGUGGGGCCACAAACUACGGCUACGGAAAAUUCCAGGUGGGAUCAGGCACUGAAUCCCGCGAGGUGACCAUUAAGAAGGCGAAGAAGGAUAUAACAUUGCUCUGCCAACAGCUGCAACUAUCGCAGCACUAUGCAGAUACUGCUUUAAAUUUCUUUAAGAUGGCGCUGAGCAGGCAUCUCACCCGUGGUAGGAAGAGCACCCACAUUUAUGCCGCCUGCGUGUAUAUGACUUGUAGGACAGAGGGUACCUCCCAUCUCCUUAUUGACAUAAGCGACGUUCAGCAAAUCUGCUCAUAUGAGCUGGGACGCACCUACUUGAAGCUAUCACAUGCCCUUUGUAUUAACAUACCGUCUGUGGAUCCAUGUUUGUACAUUAUGCGUUUUGCCAAUCGACUGCAGUUGGGCGCCAAAACACACGAGGUUUCGAUGACGGCACUGCGAAUUGUCCAGCGCAUGAAAAAGGAUUGCAUGCACUCGGGACGACGACCCACUGGCCUCUGUGGAGCAGCUCUGCUCAUUGCGGCUCGUAUGCACGACUUUAGUCGCACCAUGCUUGAUGUGAUAGGUGUGGUCAAGAUCCACGAGUCAACGCUCCGAAAGCGCCUUUCGGAGUUUGCCGAAACGCCCUCAGGAGGAUUGACUCUGGAGGAGUUUAUGACCGUUGACCUGGAACGCGAACAAGAUCCACCUUCUUUUAAGGCAGCACGGAAAAAGGAUCGUGAGAGGAUCAAAGAUAUGGGUGAGCAUGAGCUCACGGAUCUACAAAAGGAAAUUGAUGCUCAUCUGGAGAAAGACCUGGGCAAGUACUCAAACUCCGUUUACCGUCAGCUGACCAAAGGAAAGGGUAUCACUCCACUUAGUUCGCCAAGUACACCCAAGAGUGCCUCGGAAAAUGAAAUCGAACUGGAGGAGUCUCGGCAGUUUAUUGAAGAAUCCAAUGCACAGGUCAUCAAAGAGUUGAUAGCCAAAAACGAAGACGUAAAGAAGGUCGAACCAGGUGGUUUGGUAUCAGGUAUAGAAGGCCUACGACCGGAUAUCGAAGCUAUUUGUAGGGUGACAGAGAGUGAUCUGGAGGAUGUAGAGAAGGCUAAACAGCCGCAGGAACAAGAACUCAUUACUGACGAUUUGAAUGAUGACGAGCUGGAUCAGUAUGUGCUGACCGAGGAAGAGGCGUUGGCCAAGUUGGAAAUGUGGAAGAACCUCAAUGCCGAGUAUUUGCAGGAGCAGAAGGAGCGGGAUGAGCGGCUGGCCAAGGAGCGUGAGGAGGGGAAGCCGGAGAGAAAGAAGCGAAAGCCACGCAAGAAGGUCAUUGGACCCUCAUCCACUGCCGGCGAAGCCAUAGAAAAGAUGCUGCAAGAAAAGAAGAUCUCCAGUAAGAUCAACUAUGAAAUUCUCAAAACCCUGACAGAUGGCAUUGGCGGAUUGACGGAUGAUUCUCCCGCAACAAGUGCAGAUACAAAACCAAAUACAUUGGAGGAACUGAAACAGCAGCCGGUUAUUGUAGAAGAAGGUCCUGUUGCUCCCAAGGUCAGGGGAACCAGGGCAGCUUACGAUCUGCCGGGACCCAGUAGGAAACGCCCCAAGAUAGAGGUGGGUCUACCAGUUAGUCGGGCAGCUGAUGAGGACCAGUCGGAUACCAAGCCAGCGGUGGUAUUGGAAGCAGAUGAUCUGGAUAAUACUAUUGAGUCAGAAGCUGAAGAAAAAACUUAG